GAUGGAAGAAAUACUAGGCUACGAAAAAGAUAUCAAUAAAGAUUACUAUACUAUUUUGGGAUGUUGUGAAAAAUCCAGUAUCGAGCAAAUAUGCAGCGAAUAUAAAGCAAGAGCCCUUCGGUGUCAUCCGGACAAAUGCAAUAAUUGUCCAGAGAAAGAAAAAGAAUUUCAAUUAUUACAGAUGGCGAAAUCAGUUCUAACUGACCCUGUUAAAAGAAAAGACUACGAUUGCUGGAGAAACAGCGGCCUGGCUAUUUGUUACAAAGAUUGGGUUGCGAAAAGAGAAUCUAUUCAGACUUCGAUGCAUUGGGUAUCAAAAAAAACCAAUCAAACUCCAAUGAUUCACCAUCCUUCUUCAAACGUUGAAGAAGAUACAACAAAUUUCUGCUCCAAUCGUACGGAGAAUCCAAUGUUAGCAAAAUUUCGAAACUAUAAAAUUUAA